GGCAGAGAUCAUACUGUACAUCCCCCGUUGUCACUGAUGCAGCCAGCCUUAUCUCGGCCUUCAAAUCGGUCUCCAUUCCCUCCCUCCCCCAUCCCAUGACACGCUGUCCCCCUCUUAGUUACGCUGUCUGCUUCCACUUAUUGCUAAGCAUCAUCUGCUGUUCCCUCGUCACUGGCGAAUCCCCCAACCACUCGCAUAAUCGAACAACGGACAUCCGGAGUGCCUUACUCAGGUCGUGUGCCCUACGUGAUACGUCCGCUCUGAGAGACGACACCGACCGCCUGCCAACGCAGCAGCGGUGACACAUACCUCUUCAUCUGGCUCUCACCUCGGGCCCCUUCACCUUCAUAGCAGUCCAUUCCUCCAUGCUUUUAACUCAGACUGUCAAUCGGGGUGCCUUGCCAGGCGAGAAACGCCGCUUUCUAUAUUCCAUCUCGAAACCAUGAUGGUCCCACGGUCUUUCCUCUUCAGCUCUGCCUCGUCCCAGAAGAGCGCGAAACAAGAUGCAAAGGAGUACAGUCCCGCUCCCUCAACACCUCGAAGGAGCAGCUCCCAGUUGCGUGAAAAUGACCCUCGUCUCCAAUUUCCUACUGCGAUCAGUCCCGAUCUCCCGUCCGUCACACAUACGAGCCCGGUGGUGAUCCCACCAAAGCGAGCUCCGAGGAGAACGCCAGUUACGCCCAACAAUAGAUCUCGAAACACCCGGAAUGGCUACGGUACUCGUGUUCGGUCACCGUCUACGAACAGUGACGCGAAGGUUCCGGCAUCGGUUGCCACGCUCUUAGAAGUCACUGCGAUUCCUCUCCCGCGGAGGAGCUGGUCCCUCCGCAGUUCUCGGAAGCUACCGCCAGGAAACCAUGUGGAGGACUUUAGCAGACUGCUAAUGGAAGGUCUUGAGCCUCGAGAUGAGGGCAAGACUAUCAUUGAUGGUUCUGCGUCCACUACGUUGGAUGUCUUGCUCAGUCCUCCAGAUUCGGAUAACGAGAAGUUUAUGUUUGGCAAUGACUAUGAGCCUGGGACGCCAUUAUCGGCCCGCUCGUUGUCUUCUGACUCGACGCCUUCACUAGACCAUGAUCUCGAUUCCUACAGUCCCUCAGUGCUUCCCGUGACGCCACCUGCGAUCAGCCAGAAGAAUCCGCUGGAAAAGCGACUCAAGCAGCUUUCUCCCGUGGAGGAAUGUGCGUCCGAUCAUCCUCUUCUGGACGUUGAAACCAUCGAUCCUCUGGAUCAGGUGCUGGUGGAGGCUGACGUGCUUACUCCUACAUCUCCCAGUCCUGCCGUGCCUAAACGGACGUUCCCACGACUGAGCUCGACCUUCAAGUCCAAUCUGACCGCAUCACUUCGGGCCAUCAAGUCUGCAGCUCAGACGGUGUCCAACUUUGCUACUCCGUCAGUUCAAUCAGAGGACUUCCUCACGCGGUCAUUAUUCACGAUCGCUCCAGAGCUAACGGACGAUCGGCGUCCACGUCUCAUGGAUGAGCCACCUUCUGCAGAAUUGAGGCGCUAUCUGAAUCCUAUCAAUGGUUCUCCGGCGGAAAUGCAUGUAUAUCAUGAACCCCACGACCUCCCCGGCGCGUCCCACAAGUGUCCUGUUUCGAUCCAGAUGCAGACUUACCAGCGUUCUGGUGGUAAAGGGGAAGGUGGAUUUAGCGUGGUUACUGCUGAUGAUGGCGAUGCACCUUUCGACCCGGAGAUCCCUCCAAUGGCGCGGCAGCGCGAGCCUCGCGAAAACAGCGACUUCCUGCGCAUCGUCGUGCUGGAGAUGAACAUGCGACGCAGCGGCAAGCUCCGUGACGACAUUCCAACCAGAGCGCGUAUUUGGCUUCCUCCGCGGAAAGUGAGUACGAGCCAGCUCUCGCCUAAUCUCUACGGAACGGGUGAGAAUGUCGUCCCGCAACGAUGGAUCGGCGUCUCCGUGGGUGUCUAUGAAUGAGAUGAUUUUGGUCGAACAGGGGGUCAUGAUAUCCUACAUAAUGUCUGGUGACUUUCUAAUUUUUUUCUCCUUAUUUUGAAGCUUCUACAGCAGGGCGUUGGGAUGGGUACAUAGCAUCGUGGACUGGGAUCUUCAUGAGAAGCAUCGGUUAAGGCGCGAUCGUUUGAGCAUUUCUUAGCAUACAGUUUCUCUUUCGGCGCAUGCUGCUCUCUGGAAGAGCUCAAAUGGCAAGGCUUUCACUAGCUAUCAGAUGUACAGUAGUAAUAUAAUCUACAACAAAAGAGCGCUUGUUCCGUAAUAAAUCCAGAUAACUGACUACA